GGUGACGUAUUAUUUGCGCGUCCGAGAGGAAAGUCAGGAUUCAGCUACGCUCACUAAUUUGAUCAGCACACGGGCAAUGGGGGACGUGAAGACCCCAGACUUUGAUGAUUUGCUGGCAGCGUUUGAUAUUCCUGACAUUGAUGCCAUCCAGUCGAGUCCAGAAGAGGACGAGGUGUCUGCUAAUGAAAGAAAAAGUUCAUCUUCCUUCCCAGGCUCACCCACCUCACACACUGAGCCUCCUGCUGUCAGUGUUAUAGUAAUGAACACUGUGCGACCCUGUGAAGAUGAUGAUGAUGAUGAUGGAGGAGUAAAACGCAAUCCCACAAACACUCUUUUAGACUCACAUGUCAAGAUGGAUGACACCACGUCUGCUGCCCAUAUUGCCAAUGGGUUUAAUGGGUCUGGUGCUAAUGACCAGCAAGGAUCCAGUACAGCACCGUGGCAACAGUUGAACGAUGACGAUGAAGGGAAUGCGAUGGCGGUUGGAUCGGUCAGGAAUGUGAUUGAAAAUGUGAUCUGUUUGAAGCCCCAUUCGCAACUGGAUUCCACUCAAUUAUCCAUUAAUUCCUCUCCGCAGUCUGGCGUCCAUCAGAAGGAGGAACCACACCUUCCUCAUGCGCCAUCUUCUCCUUUACCACACAACGGGGGUGUUUGCAAAAAGAAUGCCACGCACUUGGAUGAGGAUGACUCGGAACCAGACUUGGGAAGCCCGCUGGUGAUCCACGAAAGCCCAGAAUCCGUCAUGCCGUCGCCUCCAAAGUUGACACACAGCAUAAGACGUCAACCUGAGCUAUGCAUCUCUCCUGAGACCACCUUGUGCACUCUUCCACAUUCUUCUAGCAGCGCCUUUCUUGAGGCGUUGACUGAGCAGCAGGGGAAGCCCAUUUCCCUUUCUGCCCCCCAGCUGCCGGGCCCACAGAACUGUCACUUGGCGCCCGUGCAAGAGGAGAAAUACCCAGAGCAUGUGAUCGAUGAGCGGGACUCCCCUGAGAGUCCACCGCCUAGUGAGAUGGGGCUUGCGUUUCCCAAGACAAGUCCUGAGUCAGGCAAGGAGAAUAUGGACAGUGCGCCACGCCAAAAUGACACACCGAAUGAUAGUGGAAAGACUGUAGGAGAUGGUCAAACUGUAAAUGAGACAUCAUCUUCUAACACUGUGUCUGCAAAACCAUGUCCAACCAACUUGUUGCCCCUCAAGGUUAAAAUCAAAGUGCCCGCAGGGAGUUUAACCAAGACAACACUUAAAAGAGGUCCAAGAGCAAAUUCUAAAGGUGCGAAAUCUUCCCCACAGGCUCGCAAUACAAGAUCAAAGAGGGGGGGCUCCUACCAGUCACUUGCAGGGCUUCCAGAAAUGACACUCAAAGAAAAACGCUCGGUGGCCAUCAAACCUAAAGCCUCCCCCACAGUCGUCAGCAUAGCCAAAACCGCAUCUCUUCCUUCCAUGACGGCCUCAACGACCAGACCUGGUGGUGUCAACCUGCGCUGCCUAGGUCACAAGACUCUCCAGAGUUCACCUCAGGGCAGCAGCCGACCCGCCUCCAUAGUCAACAGCGGCGGGGCCAUCAUAUCCAAAAGCCAGACCAACUUGGUGGCAAGCUUCAACAAGAUUCUCACCAAUAAGAACCUGCUGCCCAGCUAUAAACCUGACCUGAGCUCACCGCCUCCUGCUGAGUGGGGCCUUCCUCUGCCUGCUCAGGGUUACCGGUGUUUGGAGUGCGGCGACGCCUUUGCCCUGGAGCAGAGUCUGGCCCGCCACUACGAUCGGCGGUCGCUGCGCAUCGAGGUGACGUGCAACCACUGCGCCAAGAGGCUUGCCUUCUACAACAAAUGCAGCCUGCUAUUACAUGCCCGGGAGCACAAGGAGCGAGGCCUGAUCAUGCAGUGCUCGCACCUGGUCAUGAAACCAGUGCCGUUGGAGCAGAUGAUAAGCCAGAAUGAACUCAAUGGACAAUCCACACUCCAAGCCAAAGCGCAGCCACAUCAAGCGACCCCUAACAAGAAAACAGACGCAGUGCAGCACAUCGGUAAUAAAUGCCCAGAAUGUCAAACUCAGUUCAGCAGCAAAAAGGAGGUGGUCCAGCAUUUCCAAGAAAUCAAACAGGCUGAAAGCACACCAUGCAUGGAAUGCUCCCCUCCUAUGCUGCUGCCCAAUGCCUGCAGUGCGGCGGCUCAUCAGCGAAUCCAUCAAGGCAGCCUGCCCUGCGUCUGCCCCGAGUGUGGCGGCACGGCGAAGCAGGCGCUCUUUCAAGCACAUCUGGAUCACGCUUGUUUGCACUUUUCACGACGCAUUGGGUACAGAUGCUCCAGUUGCCUGGUGGUGUUCGGAGGGCUGAACUCGGUGAAGGGUCACAUCCAACAGGCCCACUGUGAUAUUUUCCACAAGUGCCCCACCUGUCCCAUGGCAUUCAAAUCCGCGCCCAGUGUACAAAGUCACAUCAGCACGCAGCAUCCCGCGUUAACCGAGGGCCAGGCCAUGUUGAUCUACAAAUGUGUGAUGUGUGAUACAGUUUUCACUCACAAGUCCUUGCUUUACGUCCACUUUGAGACACACUUAAGCAAUCAAAAGGUUCAUGUUUAUAAAUGUCCAGAGUGCACCAAGAUGUUUCAUCAAAGAAGUGUACUAAUGGAACAUGUCAAGAGCCACAAUUCAUCCUCCACCACAGCUGCUGCUUCUUUGUGUCCUAAGCCUGUAGUCAAACAAGAGAGUUCAGAUGGGGAAGACGGCAUGGAGGAAGUUAAUGCAGAUACGACGAUCGCCACCACAGGGUGGAAGUGCGUUCACUGCCACGAAUGCUACACUGACGCUGAAGAGUUUGUCAGCCAUAUGGCGAAACAACAUGGCAAGGUCUUGAAGAGCUUUCCUUGCAAGAAAUGUGAGAGCUCCUUCUCCUCCACGUCCAGUCUGAGACGCCAUGUCCGCGACAAACACAAAGACAUGAGUCGCUUCCGCUGCCAGUUCUGUACAGGCAGCAAGAAAACAUUCAGCAGCAGAGCGAUGUUAGACAAACACAUCCAGCUUCGACACGGCACCGAAGCCAUGAGCCAGGAGGUAGGCACAGAUGAGGCUGACAGCGCGUCGGAACACGACGGCGCUGUGCUGACUCAUCGUAGACGCCGAGCGGCCGGCAAGCCGGAGCACGACGAAGAGUCCACUCCCGUGAAAAGGUUACGGUCAUCCUCUGCAGUUGCCCCAUACUGUCCCCCCGAGUCCGGUUUCCGCUGCGCCCCCUGCGGCUUCACCACGGAAGAUCAGGCAACGUUUCAGACGCACAUCAGCCAGCAUCGAGUGGCGGCGGAAGGCGGCGGGCAGCAGUGCACUCAGUGCGGCGCCUGCUUCACUUCAACCAACUCGCUGGCACGCCACCGCUUUAUCACCCACAAGGUCCGAGAUGGUUUCACUGACCAACACCAAGCCCAGAGCGUGGGUGCGGCGUCAUCUCCUGUCAACAGCAAGAAGCCAGAUGAGAAUUUUCUCAGAUGUCCUGCAUCGCCCACCUCUCAAACUCACGGCAAGGAAGACGACGACGCGUUGAACUGUAAAGUGUGCGGCAAACACUUUGACAAGGCCACGGACCUGAACACGCACUUCAGAACUCAUGGCAUGGCUUUUAUCAAUGCAAGAAACAUGGGAAAACCAACCUAGUAUGUGAGUAGACUGUCACAAGGUGCCUUAUUAUCAUCUUGAGGAUUUUUGGCUCAGCACAUCGACGGCCAAAUCGCGAAACCUCCUAUCUGAAAUCUGAUCUGAUGCAGAUAGUCUGUGUUGUCCUCCAAAAUUUUCCCAGCAAACCUGAUUGGAGGCUUAGGUCAGGUGAAUUUUCUGUCACAACAUAGAGCAGGAUUUUCUUGCAGACAGACGGAAGGUUUUGCCUUUUGACCAUCGACAUGCAGUUUAACCAAAUUUUGCACAAAUAGUUUUUGUGAUCAUCGUCAUCGUGAAAGAUGAUUCUCAUAAGCCUUAGCCUUCUAUUUGUGACACUUUGGAUAUCAAAUACAGUGGUACCUCCAACGUUAAACACAACGCAUUCUAUGAAGCAGGUCGACUUCGAAGUUGUUUUCAUUUUUAAAUUCAACAUAAGAAAUAAUACAGGGGGUCCUGGGUUUUCCAUGGCAAUGACGUAACCCAAGUUUGUACGUAAGGCACAGCGUAGUCGUAAUUACAGAAAAUAUUUUUAUGAAAAGCACUUCCUGAGUGUAAAUACAAAACACUCAAAUGAAAAACAUUAAGUAUGGUGUUAACUGAGAGUGACGACUUAUUCUUAUGCAAGAAUGUAGGUCUGCCGAGACUGUAAACCUCUGACCCCAGUAAUUUGUUACAUGGUCAAACUGAUAACAUCAUAAAACCUUAUUUAACUCUACUCGCAAUGUUUUAAUCAACAUUUCUACCCGGUAACCACUGUAUAAUAUAAGUGAAAUAAAGUACAACUCCCGAGACUAUGGAGUACCGAACCCCCUUAUACGGGCUGUUCGGUCCCUUUAUGACGAGUGUCAAGAGUUUGGUCGGCAUUGCCGGCAGUAAGUCGGAUUCGUUUCCGGUGAGGGUUGGACUCCGCCAAGGCUGCUCUUUUUCACAUAUUCUGUUCAUAACUUUUAUGGACAGAAUUUCUAGGCACAGCCGAGGCGUAGAGGGGUCCGGUUUGGUGGCCACAGUAUUGUGGUUCUGUUGGCUUCAUCAAGCCGUGAUCGCCAGCUCUCACUGGAGCAGUUUGCAGCCGAGUGUGAAGCGGUUGGGAUGAAAAUCAGCACCCUCCAUAUCUGAGACCAUUGUCGUGAGUCGGAAAAGGGUGGAGUGCCCUCUCCAGGUCGGGGAUGAGAUUCUGUUCCAAGUGGAGGAGUAUCUUGGGGUCUUGUUUAUGAGUGAGGGAAGAAUGAAACGUGAGAUCGACAGGCGGAUCGGUGCAGCGUCUGCAGUGAUGCGGACUUUGUAUCGGUCCAUUGUAGUGAAGAAGGGGCUAAGCCGAAAGGCUAUUUACCGAUCGAGCUACAUUCCUACCCUCACCUAUGGUCACGAGCUAUGGGUCGUGACCGAAAGAACAGGAUCCCAGAUACAAGCGGCCGAAAUGAGUUUCCUCCUCAGGGUGUCUGGGCUCUCCCUUACAGAGAGGUGAGAAGCCCAGAUAUCCGGGAGGGGCUCAGAGUAGAGCUGCAGCUCCUCCGCAUUGAGGAGCCAGAUGAGGUGGCUCGGGCAUCUGAUCAUGCUGCCUCCUGGACGCCUCCCUGGUGAGGAGACCCCGGGGACGACCCAGGACACGCGGGAGAGACUAUGUCUCCCGGCUGGUCUGGGAACGCCUCGGGGGCCCCGCGGAGGAGCUGGAUGAAGUGGCUGGGGAGAGAGAAGUCUGGGCUUCCCUGCUAAAGCUACUGCCCCUGCGACCCGACCUUGGAUAAGCGCAAGAAAAUAGAUGGAUGGAUAAAGUCGAAACAGUCACCGUUUUACGAUGCCUGACAAACACGCAAUGAAGAGGGAACAGAAAACAGUUUAUAUGCAAGCUCCUCUAUCAAUUUCUUGUUGGUCAUCAGCCAUGAUGCUUUCAUCACACUUGUUCUCUUGUUAAUGGUGGCGGCACAAAAAACAUUACUUUGGCUGCUCAGUGUACUGAAGUCGCUCAUAUUUGUAGGUGUCUCAUAUGUUUUCACACAUAAUGGUGGUUUACAUUUUAGGUUGAAAUCAAACCUUUGGGGUGUUGCACUUUGGGGGUUCCUGUGCAAUGCUACCUUCUGUUUGACAGCAUGAAACAAAAAUGCCGUUUAGUCCUUAAUGCAGGGAAUUAUUGUACAGUGAACCCCCCACUAGCACUAUAGACGUCCCCAAAGGGGUUUAUAAUUUCCUGUGGAUGUCACAGGAGAGCAGCAAAGAACUAUUUUUGUCUAAUUGUGGUGCUCAACUUACUUCAAAUAGAUUCCUUGGCACCAACAUGCCGCCAGAUGGCACCAAAGCAAUAGAUUGUUUUCCCGGGACGUCGCACACCAGUGGACAUCCCCGCGGCCACCUUCGAAGUCUACGCAUUGUUGUGUUCCCUCUGGUGCUUGAAUGGAGUAAUUUGACUGAUAGCGAGUUGCGUGUAUGAGCGGUGGGGGCAAGGGGUUCUCUGUCUGUGGACUCAUCUUUGCACUUCUAACGAGACCGGAAUAUUUAUAACAUGGUGGAUAAUUAACUGAUCCUGGUUAUACAGAGAAAACAAACAUGAUUUGGUCUACUAGUCUUUGAGUUUCAGGCCUUUAUCAUCUAGAACGCAACCUCCAACAUGGCCAACAAAAGCCCACACAUCACAUGAUCCGUAUUUUGACUGGAUAACGGAGGAUAGGCGAUAAAGCGAAUGUCGAAACUGCGACUAUGUGGGGCAUCAUCAUGCACGAGGGAAUGUGUAGCUGCUAUGCGUUACACACACACACACACACACACACACACACACACAAAUCCCCUCAAGAAAUCUCAGAAAAACACAGUGUAUUCAGUUUCAAACAAAUUGUACCAUGAUUCAUGACAAAGAUAAUAAUUAUUGGAAUAAUUAAUACCUGAAUGUCGAAUUGUAUGUUACAGUUGAGCACAGUUGCUUAAGAGUAACCUUUUUCAUAUAAAAGGCUUCAUGUUUUACUGAAUGAGUGAGAAAAUACCUAAAUAUUGUUCUCUGCCAGUGCCAGAUAGUGCAGGUAGAUCUAUUUAAAGUGGAUCCUCCAAAGUUCAUCGGUUUGUUUGUCACCAUCCUGAAACAUUUCAUAUUUUAAUUAAAAUUUAAACAUUCUUAAUGUUCAUCCACAUUAAAAUUAAGUGAAUCAACUGUCGAAAACUAAACUCUAAUUACUCACUCAUUUAUUGUGCAUGUGUGCGGCGUGAAUUAGGAAUUGACAUUUAAACAUUUUUCGUUGUCACACAAGUGUAAAAAUACAUUAAAAACGUUGACAUGUGGCGUAUGUGUGACUAUGUGUUCCUGGGAAGUGAGUCUCUUUACAUGAGCUUGAACCACCUUAAGAAAAACUGACUUUGCAAUGUACUGUACAUGCCAUUCUGCCUUGAUUAUUUGUCAAACUCGUUGUGUUGUACUGAGCAGCCAGGACAGUGACGCUUCACAGAAAAUCCAAAGAAAAAGAUUCAAAUUGUACUUUGGAGGUUCCACUGUUGUUAGAAAGUAGCCUGCCAAACUCCUCUGUUUAUCUUCAAUGGAAAGUAAAACUGAAACAAACAUUUGAAAAAAUGGAUCCUCUCUGCAAGUUCACUAGGCCAGUGUUUCCCAACCUUUAUUGAGCCAAAGCGCACAUUCUACGUUUUUAGAAAAAUCUCACAGCACACCAAACAAGUGUCACAAAAAGUAUAUACAGUGGGUACGGAAAGUAUUCAGACCCCCUUAAAAUGUUCACUCUGUUAUAUUGCAGCCAUUUGCUAAAAUCAUUUAAGUUAGUUUUUUUUCCACAUUACUGUACACAAAGCACCCUAUAUUGACAGGAAACAAAACAGAAUUGUUGACAUUUUUGCAGAUUUAUUGAAAAGGAAAAACUGAAAUAUCACACAGCCAUAAGUAUUCAGACCCUUUGCUCAGUAUUUAGUAGAAGCACCCUUUUGAGCUAACACAGCCAUGAGUCUUUUUGGGAAUGAUGCAACAAGUUUUUCACACCUGGAUUUGGGGAUCAUCUGCUAUUCCUCGUUGCUGAUCCUCUCCAGUUCUGCCAGGUUGGAUGGUGAACAUUGGUGGGCAGCCAUUUUCAGGUCUUUGCAGAGAUGCUCAAUUGGGUUUAAGUCAGGGCUCUGGCAGGGCCAUUCGAAAACAGUCACGGAGUUGUUCUGAAGCCACUCCUUCGGUAUUUUAGCUGUGUGCUUAGGGUCAGUCUUUUUUGAAGGUGAACUUUCGGCCCAGUCUGAGGUUCUGAGCACUCUGGAGAAGGUUUUCGUCUAGGAUAUAUCCCUGUACUUGGUCGCAUUCAUCUUUUCUUCAAAUGCAAGCAGUAUCUCUGUCCCUGCAGCUGAAAAACACACCCACUGCAUGAACCUGUCGCCGCCAUGCUUCACUGUUGGGACUCUAUUGGAUACGUGAUGAGCAGUGCCUGGUUUUCUCCACACAUGCCACUUAGAAUUAAGAUCAACAAUUUCUAUCUUGGUCUCAUCAGACCAAAGAAUAUUAUUUCUCACCAUCUUGGAGUCCUUCAGGUGUGUUUUGUUUAGCAAACUCCAUGCGAGCUUUCAUGUGUCUUGCACUGAGGAGAGACUUCCGUCAGGGCCACUCUGCCAUAAAGCGCCGACUGGUGGAGGGCUGCAGUGAUGGUUGACUUUCUAGCACUUUCUUCCAUCUCCCGACUGCAUCUCUGGAGCUCAGUCAUGGUGAUCUUUGGGUUCGUCUUUACCUCUCUCACCAAGGCUCUUGUACCCCGAUUGCUCAGUUUUGCCGGACAGCCAGCUCUAGGAAGGGUUCUGAUCGUCCCAAACGUCUUCCAUUUCAGGAUUAUGGAGGCCACUGUGCUCUUAGGAACCUAAACUGCAGCAGAAUUUUUUUUGUAACCUUGGCCAGAUCUGUGCCUUGCCACAAUUCUGUCUCUGAGCUCUUCAGGCAGUUCCUUUGACCUCAUGAUUCUCAUUUGCUCUGACAAGCACUGUGAGCUGUAAGGUUUUAUAUAGACAGGGGUGUGGCUUUCCUAAUCAAGUCCAAUCAGUAUAAUCAAACACAGCUGGACUCCAAUGACGGUGUAGAACCAGCUCAAGGAUGAUCAGAAGAAAUGGACUGCACCCGAGUUAAAUAUGAGUGUCAGAGCAAAGGGUCAGUUUUUCUUUUUUAAUAAAUCAGCAUAAAUUUCAACAAUUAAUUUUUUUUCUGUCGAUAAGGGGUGGUAUGUUUACAUUAAUGAGGAUAAAAAAAACUUAAAUGAUUUUAACAAAUGGCUGCAAUAGAACAAAGAUUGAAAAAUUUAAGGGGGUCUGAAAACUUUCUGUUCACACUGUAUACUCUGAACAUACACUGAAAUAUUGAUCUCGUCUCAAUUCAUUCACAAAUGCAAUUUUUUUGCCUGUCAUUAUACAUUGCUGGCAUAGAUAGAUGAUCGAAGUUACAUUAUUUGUAGUAAAUGAGUAAUAAUUUGCAGACCAAUUAAGUGAAAUUGGAUAGUUUCCCGUGACAUACAUAGGAGUCACUGCACCUUUGUGUCAGUUUAACGUUCAGUUGAUUCCAAACUGCUUCGAACAGUCAGUUAUCACUUGUAGUGUUCAGUGCAUCUCAAAACCUUCCCAAGUGAUAAUGUGACUUGUAUUGUGAAUUAUGUUUAAAAUGUUUGCUAAUGAGUGUUGGUUUAAAAUAGCUGUGUGUUUGUAUCUUUCAAACUGCAAGUGAUUGUAAUCAGUUGCCAGGUGGCCUUCAGUAAAACUUAUUUUCAUA